AUGUCGGGAGUAGCCAUUGCCAUCAAUGCAGCCAUUUCAGGCGCUGCCUACUGCAUGACGGUGCGGAUGAUUCCCCGUUUCCGGGAGAUGUUCGUCCAGGCCAAUCUCUUUGGCAACGAUCUGUGCAAGAAGGAUAAGCCACAGGUACCCGAAUCAUUUGGCGUACUGAUUGGCUGUGUGUUCCUGGUCUCCUUGUUUCUGUUCAUACCCAUUCCCUUCGCCUUCGACGAGGCGGCUGCCACGGAUGCGGUUACCGGAGGAAAACCAGACACCUUUCCACACGAUAAGUUCGUGGAAUUGAUUGCCGCCCUCCUGUCCAUUUGCUGCAUGAUCUUUCUGGGCUUCGCCGACGACGUCUUGGAUCUGCGCUGGCGCCACAAGCUGCUCCUGCCCACCAUUGCCACGUUGCCCCUGCUGAUGGUAUACUACGUCAACUAUAACUCAACUACUGUCAUUAUGCCGAACUUUGCGAGGAAUCUGUUUGGCACUUCUUUAAACAUAGGUGUUCUUUACUACGUAUUUAUGGGCAUGUUAGCGGUAUUCUGUACAAAUGCCAUCAACAUCCUGGCGGGGAUCAAUGGCCUGGAGGUGGGACAAUCCCUGAUAAUUGCGGGCUCCAUUUUGCUGUUCAAUGCCAUUGAAUUGUUCCUGGGGCACCAGGUGGAUUCGCAUAUAUUCUCCAUUUAUUUCAUGCUGCCUUUCCUGGCAACAACUUUAGCGCUUUGGAAGUUCAACAAAUAUCCCUCGCAGGUGUUCGUCGGAGACACGUACUGCUACUUUGCGGGCAUGACGUUUGCCGUGGUCGGCAUCCUGGGACAUUUCAGCAAGACCCUUCUACUUUUCUUCAUGCCGCAGAUCCUGAACUUCCUUUACUCCACGCCGCAGCUUUUCCACUUUGUGCCCUGUCCCCGUCAUAGGCUCCCCAAGUACGAUGGCAAGACGGACCUGCUCCACAUCAGCACCACAGAGUUCCGCUUGGAAGAUCUCAACACUCCGGGGCGGCUGAUGGUCACAGUUCUACGAAAAUUGCGACUUAUUAGCUGGCAUACCAAAGCGGAUGGAAUCGUGAGGACAAACAACUUUACCCUCAUCAACUUUGUGCUAGUCAUUUUUGGACCUGUCCAUGAAAGAGUGGUUACGCAGAUGCUGAUGGGAUUCCAGGUGCUGUGCACACUGAUUGCUCUUACCAUUCGCUAUCCCCUGGCCAACUACUUCUACGCGAAAACGUAACCCUCGAUCCUAUUGUUUAUUGAUUCUGAUAUUUAUUGUAGUAAGCCUUUGUAAGUUAACUAUACAAACAGAAUACAUUUAUUUAAUGCCUACACAAAAUAUUUCCCGAAAGUAAGUCGUAAGAAAAAUCUGUAUUUCACUCGUCAAUAAAGAACCAAAAGAAUCAACUCAAAA